UAUCUGAUUUGUUCUUGUUUCUUUCAUUGAGUAAAAUCUUCUUCGUCUUCAUCGAUAAGUUAGAAGAGUCGAAUUGGUCCAUCUCUGCUGCUGCAUCCAUUCAUUUUAUUUUACAGAGAAGAGUGUCAUUUUAAGCAGAGACUGUGAAAUCUAAAAAUCCAUAUACACAAAACACAUAUCUAUAUAAACACUGUCACACAGAGAGAUUGCAAAUAGAUAGGACAUAUAUAGAAGAAAGAGAGACCAUACCUGAAUGGAGCCGAGUUUUGACUAUGUAGGCGCAAGCCUUCUCUGUGCAGAAAACGGCACCGGCGUUUUUGAAGAUGGGGGAAAGAAGGAUCAUCAAGAUAAGAACUUUGAUGAAACCCUCAAUUGGAGGCUACCGGAGGUGACCGAUGAAUCCAUGGGUUUAAUGCUUGAGAGAGAAAAUGAGUAUUUACUCAGUGGGGAUUAUCUGGAUAGGCUGACAAAUGGGGAUUUUGAUUUCUUGGGUAGAACCGAAGCUGUUAAUUGGAUUGCAAAGGUGCAUGUCCAUUUCAAUUUCAGCCCAAUCUGUGCAUAUUUGUCUAUUAACUACAUGGACAGGUUUCUUUCAGCCUAUGAAUCAGAAUUACUAAAAGGUAAAGCAUGGAUGAUGCAGUUAUUGGCUGUAGCUUGUGUGUCUAUUGCAGCCAAAAUGGAAGAGACUGUGGUUCCUUUAUCUCUUGAUUUACAGAUAGAUGGUCAUAGACCUAUAUUUGAAGGCAAGACUAUCCAGAGAAUGGAGCUUCUGGUUUUAACCACACUGAAAUGGAGGAUGAAGGCAAUCACUCCAUUUUGUUUCCUAGAUUUCUUCCAGAGAAAGAUGAUGAAUAAGGAUGAUAAGGAUGAUGAUGGGAAAAGAUUCUUUUCUAGAUGUUCAAUUCACAAAUCAACCCAAAUCAUUUUGAACAUGAUAGUAAAAGGGAAUGAUCUGUUGGAAUUCAAGCCGUCUGAGAUAGCAGCAGCAGUGACAAUGUCUGUAGUUGGAGAAGUUCAAACAGUAGAUUUUCAGGAAUCUAUAUCCGGACUCAUUCACUAUGUAGAAAAGGAGAGGUUGCUCAAGUGUUUUGAAUCUGUUCAAAAGGCUUCUUCUACAGUAGCUGCUGCUGCUGCUGCUGUCUCAUCUGUACCUCAAAGUCCUAAUGCUGUUCUGGAUGCUGCAUACUUGAGUUAUAAUAAAACUGAUGGAUCUUCAACAACAUCGCUAGUUGUUGGGUCAUGCUCAAAUACUUUGCAGAGCAGUUCAAGUGUUAAUUAAAGAGGAAAGCUCUAAAUGGGAUGUUAUCAGUUUGGUUUUGAUGGGAUGAGAGUUUUUUAUUUUCAUUUUUCUUUGGUGUGUCUUCCAAAAUAGUUAAAAGAAAAAAAGAAAAAAAAAAUGUGAAAAUCUUUCUGUCAUUUUAUAGGUAAAAAAUGAAACCAGGUAAUGUAAAAAGAUAAUGAAUGAAUAAGAUGGUUCAUGAGGAAGCUAGACUGGAGGACAGAUUAUUUUGAGAAAACA